GACUUUUCUUUAUUGUAAUUUGUUAUCGAUUUUGAUAUUAGUGAUAAAAAUCAAAAUGUCUCAAGCAGCACCUUUAUUAAUCGAAGAAGAUAUUGAAAACGGUGGAAAGGAAUACGAAGAAGGUUUAGAAGAUGACUUUGCUUAUCGCAAUAACGUUUUAAAUGCUACGAAAACCAUCAGGUUAGGAUUCAUCCGUAAAGUUUAUGGUUUACUUUCAAUGCAAAUUCUACUGACUUUCAUUAUAGCCAGCAUAUGUUUGUUUACACGGCCUAUUAGGAAUUUCGUCCACACGAACGACUGGAUGAUGAUGUUAUCUUUAAUUGCAAGCAUCGCAAUACUCAUACCUCUACAUUUUAAAAGAAAAGAAUCGCCUGCUAAUUUCAUACUUUUAACAGCGUUUACAGUCGUUCAAGCAUACACAGUCGCUGUUAUAGUAACUUUUUAUUCCCAACUCGUUGUUUUACAAGCAUUACUGUUAACUCUGGUGGUUCUAACAGGAUUGACUUUGUUUACUUUCCAGACUAAACGGGAUUAUUCUGCUCUACAUUCCGGGUUAUUUGCAGGUUUAUGUAUUUUGAUUUUUGGUAGUUUUUUGCAAAUAUUCGUAAUACAAUCGACGGUAUUUGAGCUCGUUAUCUCUUUGGGUGGAGCUUUUAUAUUUUGUUUGUUUAUUAUUGUCGAUACACAGAUGAUUAUGAAAACCUUAUCUCCUGAAGAAUAUAUUCUGGCCACUAUUAAUUUGUAUAUGGAUAUCAUUAAUUUGUUUUUAUAUAUUUUACGUAUUUUGCAAGCCAUGAAUAGACAAUAGGAUCUUGUAUGAACAAAUUUAUUCAAUAAAAUUACAUCUGCAUGCAUUUUAUUUGUUAUUAUUAAUGUGAAAAGUUUAAAUUUUAUUUACAGUUGACUAAAAAUAAACUUAGAUAAACUAAA